UAUUGUAGUUACAAUGGUGUUGGGCAUACCAACUGUAAAACGAGAAGUCCAGAGUUAUCUUAUGUCAACACUGCAAAACUUGAUUGAAAAUAUGUCACCAGCUGAAAAAAAAGAUUCGAUCAUCAUAGUUUUUAUUGCUGAGACUGAUAAAGACUUUAUAACAAGACAAGCUGUUGAAAUUGAAACACAUUUCCAAGAGCACAUAGAAACUGGACUGUUAGAAAUUGUUGCUCCUUCAGCAAAUUUUUAUCCAGACUGGACAAAGUUGCAACAGACUCUUGGAGACCCACCUGAAAGAGUCAAAUGGAGAACCAAACAGAACCUAGAUUUUGCAUUUUUGAUGAUGUAUGCCCAGGCUAAAGGGACAUUUUAUGUACAGCUAGAAGAUGACAUAUUAACUAAACCAGGUUAUGUGACAACCAUGAAGAAUUUUGCUUAUAAGCAAAUUACAAAUAAAAAAGACUGGUUGAUUCUGGAUUUUUGCCAAUUAGGAUUUAUAGGUAAAAUGUUUAAAUGUGUUGAUCUGUCCAAACUGGUAGCCUUUUUCGUUAUGUUCUACAAUGAUAAGCCUGUCGACUGGCUUCUGGACAACAUGGUACAAACCAAAGUGUGUCGAUUUGAUAAAGAUGUAAAAGAAUGUAAGAAGCAGAAAGAUGCUGUGUGGCUGCACUACAAGCCAUCCCUGUUCCAACAUGUUGGUACUCAUUCGUCCCUCAAAGGAAAAGUACAAAAAUUAAAGGACAAACAGUUUGGGAAACUUGCCCUCCACUAUGCACAUAAAAACCCCUCAGCGGAACUUAGUACAACACUGAGGUCUUACAAAACGUAUAACUUACUAAGAGCCUAUAAGGGAGAGACGUUCUUUUGGGGUUUAUUGCCCCAGCGAGGAGAUAACAUUAGUUUUAAAUUCAUGCCACCAAUCAAGAUAGAAAAGUUUUUAUUUAGAAGUGGGAACCCUGAACACCCUGAUGACAAGUUUUUUAACACCACUGUGGAGGUUCUACCUGUGAAUGAUCCUUCAAAGCAAUUGCUUCCUAAAACCAGGGAUGGCUACUAUGUGGUUGGGCUAUUCAAAGACACUACUGGUAUUUCUGAGGGCGUAGUCCCGGCCGACUUUGGCCCAAUCAGUACUCUGAGAUUGCUUGUUCGUGGGGACAGUGAAAGGUGGGCCAUUCUUAGCGAGAUAUUUAUUAAGCCUCUUGUAAUGUCCAGUCCCAAGCCCGGUAAGGAACGGUGACCCCAAAGUAACUAUCUUAAGGACUGAAGCAGAAAAAGAAUUGCUUUUACAUAAAUAUUUA